AGCCAUAUGCACAAAAUGGACAGAGAAACAGCAGCCGGGGAUAACACAGAGCACGAACACGAAAAGAGAAAACUGAAUUUCGAACGCCAUGGCUAAGUUGUUGAUCAUGACGGUUCUUGUGAUUUUGGGCACGGUGGCAACCGUUACGGAUGCGCAAGCGGCUUGCGCGUCGAAGCUGACUCCUUGUUUUCCUUUCCUUAACAACGCCACGGCACAACCUACAGCCGACUGCUGUAACCCUAUCAAAGAUACCGUGGCCAAUGAUCUUGAAUGCCUUUGCAACCUCUACAACGACCCAAAUUUGCUUUCCUCUUUAAACAUCACUGUCGCUGCAGCUCUCAGGAUCUCUCGCGAAUGCGGAGUCACUACUGAUCUCAGCGCCUGCAACGCCACCUCGCCCACUUCUGCUCCAUCCCCACCAGGUCAAUCCGGAGGUGAUAAUGGAGGCUCUGACAGGAUAGCAUUGACUGGAAUUACCACCUUACUCUUAUCUUUGGUCUCUAUUGCGCUGUAUUAAGGGACAUAUUCCUUUGGAAUCUUGAUUAGCGGAUGGGUUUCUCAGAGUAAAUAAUACAGAGAUCAUUCAGAGCUUAGGCAUCCCAGUUUCCAUAUCUAGAGAUUUCAUUGUUUUCUUGUAUUUUUCUUGCUUGAUACUAUACUUGGUCCGUCAGUGUUGCUAUCAUUGAUCUUUGUUAUUAUUAUUAUUAUUCAGUUGCAUUUAUGUCAGCAUUUGAGUUCAUCGUUUUGUUCUCAAAAGUUGAAAACUACAUCUUCAUUGUGCU